AACUCUCAUGGGUCCCGAUCAUCUCCAAAAUGCUUAGGGACAAGGACGGAAAGCCCCUGACAGAGAGAGGGGAGGAUGGCAAACCUCCAGUAAACCAGGAGCUUCAGGUUCGACAAUGGAGUGAUAGAAUAAUCAAGACUGUAACACGAGAUUGGAAAGUUAGAGGAGGUACACGGGAACGAACAGUAAAUGUUGUUGUAACUCCAGCAGUAAAAAGAGAAGUACAAGCCCACUUUAACUGUGAGACACUAGAGGGCGCUGAAUUAGAAGAUCAGGGAGGAGAUGGAACAGCGUUUACUCAUUGGGAAAAGAGAAUAUUUCAAAAUGAGGCCAUGACAGGAACUGUACACACAGAUAAUCCAAUCUAUUCUCGCCUGAGCUUAGCUUUGAUGGAGGACAGUGGAUGGUAUAUUCCAGACUAUUCAUUGGCUUCGUCACUAAGUUGGGGUGCAGGAGCAGGCUGUGAUUUCCCAACCAAAUCCUGCAAGGAACUCAUGGCUUUAGCUGAGGAGAAAGACUCUUCAAGUCCUUUCUGUAACACAAUGAUGCAGAAUGCAGAGAAGACGUAUUGUACAGAUGACGACCUAUCUGUAGGUUCCUGUAACCUAGUAAAGUACUCCUCUAAAAUCCCAAGAAUUUAUCAGAAUUUUGACAGCAUUGAGGGUGUCGAGGAUGCAGACUUAGAAUAUAUUGGGAGUUCUGUGAUUCUUGCUGAUUACUGCCCUUAUGUCCAGGAGUUUAGUUGGUUAGGGGGAGGGGGAGUAGGGGGAGGAGAAGAUCCAAGAGGAACAAGAUGUGAUUCCGCCGAGAAUGCUCCUGAUCAAGAUUCUAAUUAUGCCCUAGAAACUUAUGGAACUGAGUCAAGAUGCUUUGCUCAGACUUCGCCUUGGGAGCAAAAAUCCUGCACUAUGAUAAAACAAUGGACCAGGUACGGAUCAGGUUGUUACAAGUACAGUUGUGCAGAUGGAAGAUUAAAUAUCCUUGUAAGGGAUAAAUCCUUCCCGUGCUAUGAGGAAGGUCAAAAGGUUCAUCUCCAGCUGUUAAAAACAUCAGCUGAUGGAGACUGGAUUCAUGAUGGAAAACUGGUUUGCCCAGCUUGCUCACAGCUCUGCUCAGACUGCUCGGCAGAAGGAAGAGAACUAAAGAGUCAUGAGAAUUUGAAAGAAGAUCUUGGUGACUGCAUUCUUAAGGCUGUUGAGAAAGAACCAUCAAAUGAACUUGUAGGAUUUUUUAAACAAUUUGGUUUAUUUGGCUAAACCAUUCAGAACCAAUCAGAACCAACCAGAACCAACGAGAAUAAAGAAGAAUAAGAUUUAGACCAGCAUUUAUUUUAUUCUUUAAUCAGAUGAAAAUCUAGUAUGUAAAUAAAUAUUCAAAUAC